AUGACAGGCGUUUCCCAGGAGCACAUGCGGGCUCAUUACCAAAUAGGCUCCAAUCACAUGAUGCUGGGCGCCGGGAUCCUGUUCACCGAGGAGCUCUGGGAGUUUCUGAGCUUUGCAGAGAGGUCCCCUGCCAUCAUCUCUAACAUCCUGCUCUUUGGCCUGACCAGUGCCCUGGGUCAGAGCUUCAUCUUUAUGCCUGUUGUCUAUUUUGGGCCCCUGACCUGCUCCAUCAUCACCACAACUCACAAGUUCAUCACCAUCUUGGCCUCUGUGACCCGCUUUGCCAACCCCGUCAGCUCCAUGCAGUGGGUGGGCACUGUGCUGGUGUUCCUGGGUGUUGAUCUUGAUGCCAAGUUUGGGAAAGGGGCCAAGAAAACUUCUCACUAGGAAGAGGGGCACUACCUCCACUCCAGAAACAUUUAACUUAUUAUCUCAAAAAGUGACAUCUCUUAGAAAAUGGACUCAAU